GAACGUAGCACAGAAUCGGAACUCGAUCGAGGUCGAGCGUCAGGAAUCGAUCGUUGCAUUUUAGAUGUCCUUCCCUUUUCCCCUCAUCGAAGAUUAAAGUUUCCAGUGAACAUUUCUUUACCGAAGGAAAAAGGACUAUGGCUGAUAGAAGAAUUAUUCAUUAAUUUUUAAUUGUAACACCGGCAUUCGUACAAGCGUGUGUUUAUAGUAUGAGCGAACCAAAACAUUAAUGACCUUGAAAGAGGAACAGUCACGUGACCGCAAGAGAGUACAAGGAUUGGAUAGCCGAGGCGCAUAUAAUGUGUAUUGCGCCGUGCGCGCCCUAUGUCCCGCAUUCCGUGCCCGAUAGGAUGGUAGAGGUUUAGCGGGGGAAAAGGGGGCGAAAGACAGACUACGGCGAGGGGUUACGACGACGACGACGAGGACGACGAGAAAAGACGAGAGAGAGUGCCGUUCGCCCGUACGUCCGUGUGUGUGCGCGCGCGUAGCCUCGGUUGUGUUGUCCAAGAUGAAGUCCGACUCUAAACCUUUGUUGACAGCUCAGGCGGAAAAGGCGAAUCAUUACACGUAAGUAAGCGCCCGCCGGGCCGGUCGCGUGCUACGUGAGAGAAAAAAAGUGAGAGAAAAAAAUCAGAGGCCGGAAAGUGCGUGAUUCAAAAGUGGAGUGCUUAAAAAAGAGAAUCGCAUAAUAAUAAUACUAAUAAUAAAAAAAGAUAAUACAUGCCUAUGUCCAUACGUAAAUGAAUAAAUAAAUAAAUAAUAAAGAGCAAAAAAUAAGAGAGAGAAAGAGAACGGAAAAAAGAGGGAGGGCCGCGAGCAGCGCGGCAUCGACGCGCGCGUCAAAAAAACGCCACGAAAUAAUGUGUAGCUCUGUGGAUUCGCAUUCCAGAUACUUGAAGGAAUUUCGCGUCGAACAAUGUCCCCUCUUUAUACAGCGCAAAUGCACACAGCACCGACCCUUCACGUGCUUCAACUGGCACUUUAUGAACCAGCGGAGGCGCAGACCGGUGAGAAAGAGGGACCGCACCUUCAGCUAUAGCGCCGACAAUUAUUGUACCAAGUACGAUGAGACCACCGGCAUAUGUCCAGAUGGAGACGACUGCCCAUUCCUACAUCGCACUGCGGGCGAUACAGAAAGACGGUACCAUCUACGUUACUACAAAACUUGCAUGUGUGUCCAUGAUACAGACACACGUGGAUUCUGUGUUAAGAAUGGACCUCACUGUGCCUUUGCACAUGGCAAUCAUGACCUUCGUCCACCUGUCUAUGACAUUAAAGAAAUACAAGCACUGGAAAACCCUGAUUCUGAUCCUAAUUCUUCAUCUAAUGGACCAAACAUACUUGAUAAAGAACGGAAUUUGAUGAAUGAAGAUCCAAAAUGGCAGGAUACAAAUUAUGUACUCAGUAACUAUAAGACAGAACCCUGCAAACGUCCACCAAGACUCUGUCGUCAGGGAUAUGCUUGUCCACAGUAUCACAAUAGUAAAGAUAAGAGGCGUAGUCCACGCAAGUACAAGUACAGAUCAACACCUUGUCCUAAUGUAAAACAUGGAGAAGAAUGGGGUGAACCAGGCAACUGUGAACAAGGUGAUGCUUGUACAUAUUGUCAUACACGUACAGAGCAACAGUUCCAUCCUGAGAUAUAUAAAUCUACAAAGUGCAAUGAUGUUCAGCAAGCUGGAUAUUGUCCGCGCGGAGUCUUCUGUGCUUUUGCACAUGUUGACCUGUUGCCAACAGAAGAAAUGAGUCUGGCGAGGGACAUGGCGGUACCUAUAGAUUGUGGCACUAAUCUGGCCGAUAUUCUGAGCAAUGCGCUUCCACCUGAUAAGCGCACUCAUGAGAAAGAUAAACCACUUAGUGAUAGUAGUAACGGAAGCGGCGAAGUAUCAGAAUCAGCAAGCACUAGUAGCGUUGGCAGCAACAGUUCACACAGUAAAGCCCCUGGUGCUCAACUUCAUAACUCCAAUUCCAAUAGCACUGUAAACACUUCCACUCAACAGAAGUUAACCAGCAUACUUUAUAAUCCCAAUUCCCUCUUACAAGUUGGUGAAAUACGAAAACAAAUGGUUGCUAUUGACAGUGAUCCUUUGUUAACAAAAGCUGAGAAAGCUCAGCAGAAACAAAGCCUAUACAUUGCUUAUAGUUUGAAUGGGACCUUAGGAAGUCAUUCAUUAACAACUACCACCGUCUCACCACUUUCAAGUUCGUUUUAUCCAAAUGACACUGUGGAAUCUGUAGUAGGAAAUGCAUUAGACGAGUUACAUCUAGAUGAUCCUCUAAAUUUAGUAGAAUCAAUUCAUAGGGAUACUAAUUCACCAAUUAGCAAUUCAAUAUCAGCAGGCCUAGCAAGUUCCGGACUAUUAGGAAGCUCAGCACCAGUCAAUAUUCCUGGAAUGGCAGAACGUUCCGUUCUUUCUAAUUUUUCACCAUCGACAUCCAGUCCACUCCAACAUUUGCAUUCAACUGGUUUUCUUACUGGGUCUAGAUUCUCUCAUCAAGAUUCAAUGGAAUCGACAAUGCCAUUUAUGAAUCAAGUAUCAGAUCCAUUUAGCAAUCAUAUUUCACAACUUAGCAGUUCAGCUUCUAAACUUAGUGGAUUUAAUAGUAGCUUGUUUGAUUUUACAAAUCAAGGAAUGUCUCCAUCUCGUACUCAACCUCUCCCAGCAUCUCCAUUGGUCAAUGCAUUUUCCAUUAGUCCAAGUAACACAGGAUCUUUGUCUGAGGUGCAAAGGCUCAGAGAGGAAUUGACAUCAAGCCGUGCCCAACUAGCAACAUGGGAUGAACGCAUUAAUCAAGCCAGAGCUGCUUGCGCUGCAUGGCAAUUAGAAAGUGAGGAAGCUAAAAGAAAAGCGAGUAUUGCCGAGCAGCAGAGAGACGAGGCCUUGUUACAAGUGAAAGCAUUAAGGGUAGAAAAUGAAGUGUCUAGUGGAGGCCCGUACCUUCAUACACUGAGAAGAACAAGCGAACUCAGAUCAUUAUCGAUAGCUGCAUUAAAAUCAAUUCAAUCACAGCUCCGUUCGGAUCUCGAAGAAGUAGAAAAGGUGCUGUACAGAGAAACGGCAACAAAGUGCAUGGUUUGCGAAGAACAAAAUCGCACUGUUACCCUCUCACCCUGUAACCACUACGUGGUCUGCUCGACGUGCGCUCCAAAUCAACGUGAGUGCCCGUACUGCCAGACUCCGGUUGUCUCCACAAGUUAGGUCCGAAUAUUUUGUUAGAACGCCCGUUGUUAUAAUCUCCGUUCUUUCUCAGUAACAUGGACAAAUAUCCUCAGAAUUUUAAUGUGAGUAGAGUACUAGAAUUUCUACACGAACAUUCAGUACUUCUUAUAAUGCGAUGGUAUAUAUAAAAUAAAUAAUUAAAGAAUUUGUACUGCGGUACACGUACGAUCGCAAUAGAAGAGACAAAAGGAAAAAAAAUAGAAAAUCUAUUCGAAUAUAUAAUUUGAUUAUCGCCAAAGUGAAUAUGGAUGUGAUAAGACUUCAUAUACGUAGUCUCUAUUUGUC